AUGAGAGCGCGCGGCGCUGAUGACUCAGCAGUGUCCAGGCAGACCCGCAGCUCCCAGCGUUCCCCACCUGGACCCCACCUGCGCCCCCCGGGCCCCAGCGCCCCCCGCCAGGGGAAUUUGGGGAGGUGGGAGGGGGGCAGCGCCAAGGCCGGGCCCCCCCGCGCUGUGGUGGCGGGAGCGGCUGCAGUGGGGACCGAGUGCGGGCGGGAGCGGCCGAGAAACACGAAGCAGCACAAGGCGGCCAGGAGAUCCAGGCAGAGCUCAGAGCUGGUGGAGAAGCCUCAUGGAGGGGAGAAGCCCCACAAGUGCUUGGAAUGCGGGAAGGAUUUCAGCAACAGAUACAGGCUGAUGCGGCACCAGAGGAUCCACACUGGGGAAAAGCCCUAUGAGUGUGGGGAAUGUGGGAAGGGAUUCAGCCAGAGCUCCCACCUGAUCCAACACCAGAGGAUCCACACUGGGGAACGGCCCUACGAGUGUGGAAAAUGCACAAAGUGCUUCUGGACAAAAUCUGAACUGAUGAUGCACCAGGUGAUCCACACUGGAGAACGGCCCUACACCUGCUGGGAAUGUGGGAAGAGCUUUGGGCAGAGCUCCAACAUGAGAAAACACCAGCGCAUCCACACUGGGGAGAGGCCCUACGAGUGUCCUGUGUGUGAUAAGACGUUUCGGACCAGCUCCCAUCUCCUGGAACAUGAGCGGAUUCACACAGAGGAGAGGCCCUUCCGCUGCCCCGACUGCGGGAAGGGAUUCAAGCGCAACUCCCAUCUCAUCACGCACCAUCGCAUCCACACCGGGGAGAGGCCCUACGAGUGUCCUGAGUGUGGGAAGAGCUUCUCACAGAGCGCAAACUUGACCAAACACCAACGGAGCCACCAGUAAGGGAAGCCCUGUGAGUGCCCCGAGUGUGGGAAGAGCUUCGUGCUCUGCUCCAGCUCCAUCCCCCAUGGGAGGAUCGGUGUUGGAUGAUCCCCAGUGACCCCCGUUGGGCAGAGCCCUGGUGAUCCGUGGUCCUGGUGAUCCAUGUUGGGAGGACACCUGGCUGGGGGGCUCUGCAUCAUCCUGUCUCCCUGUGGACACCUGGAUGAAUGCAGGGGCAGGAACGCCCAUUGGAAUGCAAACUGAGAUUGGGAAUUCCUUGGGGAGAGUGGAUUUGUUGACUUUCAACCCCAGAAAAUCUUCUGUGUUGAAUCUUGUCUUCUGAUGGCAUCCAGGAAUACUGAAUGCUCUUGGAGGUCUUUUCCAAUGUGGUGGUUUGUAAAGAUAUGCUGAAAUUUUUACCUGCCAGGACCUGGGCAGUCUCCCUUGUAUCUGACCAGAACCAAUCAGUGUUGGAUUGUUAAUAUUCACACAUUAUUACAGCAAUAAGCAAGUUUCUGCCUCUUUGUGAAACACACAUGUACAGACACAAAGCCCCGGGCAAGUUCUCUUUCCCUGCCGGCCUCUCCCACAGGAACAGCAGCCCGGGCCGGGCAGGGGCAGGCGGGCUCUGACUCAGAGCUCAGGAAGCCGCCGGGCCCCGUUUUCCAGCAGGGACCCCGAUGUGCAGGGCAAGGAAAGGCCAGGCCCGUUGCUGCCAUCGCUGCCCCCCCGGCAUGGCCGCGGCUCGGCAGAACCCUGCCCUGGCCCGGCCCGGAGCGGCUCCGAACGGCCGGGCCCGCCCCGCUGCCCCCGCGGCCUGGGGGAAAAACAACUGAGCCCCGUUCUGGCAAGGCCCCCACAGCCUUGUCUGCUGGGCAGGGGGGAGGAAGAACCCCCGGCCCGCGGCUGGAAUUGAGUGCAGCGGGCGCCGGAGAACAGCCAUGAGAGCAGAAACUCAUCAGCGCUUCUCGGACUGAGCCCUGCAGUCCUCAGCCAGCCCCAGCGGGGCCUUGAAAGACUCUUUAUGGUAAAUAACUGCGACCGCCCACCUGGAAAAAAUCACAGAACCCUCUGCUGCCCGGGCAAGGUAUUAACUCUUUCAAUGCCCAGAAUAAAACUUUACAGA